CGUAUCUAUUGGUAUUUAUUGCUUACCUGAAAGAGCAUUGUAUGUAUUUUUCAGAAAAAUACACCGUGUGUGAUACCGACGCAUGCAUUGAAAGGGCAAAGCUCAUCAUCGAUUCUCUGAAUACUUCCGUGGAUCCAUGCAGUGAUUUCUACUCCUACGCAUGCGGCGGAUGGAUUAGUAAGCACAGAUUGCCCGACAGUGCAUCAUCUUACGGCAUUUUCGAGAUACUCGAAGACGAACUGCUGGAGACAUUGAACAGCACCUUAGAAAACAUUACGUUGGCUGGCACGAACGACACCGUCAUCAGAAAUGUUGCCGUUGUAUACAAUGCCUGCAAGGCUGUACCAACAGAGAGGGACAGGCCUGACAUCCUUCAGGACAUAUUGAAAGCCUCUGGAUUUGGGCAAUGGCCCAUAACUAAGCACACCAACCGGGUGUUUCAAAAUGCCUCUGAGGUGCUUAACGUGACCGGGUUGGAUCCAAUCCUCAACUUCUACAUAAGCCGAGACGUCCAGAGCCUCACUUCUUACAUUAUACAGCUGGAUGAAACAAGCUUCGUGAAGCUGGGACGAAAUCAGCUCACAAAUCCGGACGCCGAGGCGAACAAGCCAAUUCUGGACGCGUACAAGCACCUUAUUGAAGUAGCUGUAAAAUUCGUGAAGCCUAAAAUUAAACGAGUGAAGCUAAGGAAACUUCUCUCUGAUGUUCUGCUCCUUGAACAGCAGCUGGCCAGUUUGACAACACCACCGGAGGAAAGGCGAAACAUAUUUGAUAUAUACCACAGGGUAACGAUUGGGGAACUCGAAGCCAAGUUUCCUAACAUUCCUCUACAGAAUUUACUUAACAAGGAGUUCUCUAAGGCAAACAUCACGUUAGGAAAAAAUGAAACUUUGGAGCUGUACGCAUUAGAAUACUACAACAGAACGAAUGACCUUUUGCGUACCGUUGACGCAAAUACAUUAUUCAAUUACGCUGGCCUCCGCGUCGUACUCAGCUGGGCAACAGACCUUUCAAAAGACUACCUCAACGCUUCGUUCCAACUGACAAAAGUGGCUUGGGGUGUUCAAUCUCAGUGGCCCAGGUGGUCAAAGUGUAUGAGUUUUUUAACUAGAGCUAUGCGUGACGCUAUUGGCAACCUUUACGUGCAGAAGAAGUUUAGCGCCCAAGCUAAAACAGAGGUACUGGAGUAUGUUGAAAAAAUUAAAGGCGUCUUUCGUGAUAACCUCGAAAAGAACCAGUGGAUGGAUAAUAGCACUAAAACUGCCGCAAGAGAAAAGCUCAACAAAAUGGGCGUGAAGAUUGGAUAUCCGGAAGAAAUCAUGAAUAUGACUUAUCUUGAGGAGAGAUACAAAUAUAUUCCGAAAUUGAAUACUUCCAGUCAUUUUAUAGAAAUGUGGCGAUAUAUCGUGGACAACAAUGAGCGGAAGCAGCUAGAAAAAUUACGCACACCGUACGACAGAAAUAGCUGGGUAGUCGGCUCUGCUGUUGUGAAUGCAUUUUACAAUCCGAGUACUAAUGACAUGUUUUAUCCAUCAGGAAUCCUGCAAGGCCUUUUCUAUCAACACGGUCUUCCAAGUUCCAUAAACUAUGGAAGCAUCGGGGCUAUAAUUGGACACGAAAUAACACAUGGUUUUGACGACGAAGGCCGUCAGUACGAUGCCGACGGGAAGUUGAAGCAAUGGUGGAACAAUGGAACGCGCUCAAGGUUUGAAAAAAGGGCUAACUGCUUCGUACAACAAUAUGGACGCAUUAGAGACCAAACGGCCAAUAUGACGCUGGACGGAAGCAACACGCUGGGGGAAAAUAUCGCCGACAAUGGCGGCUUGAGAAUGGCUUUCAAAGCGUAUACCACUCUGCAUAACGACACCCGGUUAAAAAGCCUGGAACACAUUUCGGGAAAGAAGCUUUUCUUUAUUUCACGGGCGAUGACCCGGUGCAGCCUACGGACUCCUGCUUCACUCAGGAUGCAGAUACAGUAUGAUCCACACAGCCCAGCCCAGUACAGAAUAAAUGAACCAUUCAAGAACAUGGCAGCUUUCGCCACAGUGUUCAAGUGCAGUGUUGGUUCCGCGAUGCAUCCCGAACGAAACAAGACGUGUACUUUAUGGUGAACACGAUGUAAAGCAUGGCAGUACUAUCGACUAAAACACGAAUGCGUCAGCCUUGCGGUACAAUUCGUUAAUAAAAAGCUGAUUCCCUCCAA